GUAUCACGGACCCAGGAGGAAGCUCUUCCAUUCAGAACUGUGGGACUAGUUUUGUUACCAACAAUAUGAAAGGCUCUGAGUUUAGCCCGGAAAAGAAAAAAAAAGUUAAAAUCCCAGCGAGGAGACUUCGUGAGGUAGUUUCUACAAAUCAGGGAGAUAAUUUGGCUUUGCUGAAAGAUGAAUUGCCCUGUGUUCCUCCAGCACUGUCUGCAAGUAAACGUCUUCCUGUUAGAACGGAGACUAGCUUGAAUGGAACAUUACGUGAUUCAUCAGAUUUAACUUCUGCUAGAAAUUAUCACCAGCCUCCAUCAGAAAAUCCCACUGUGUCAGAAAGGGAUUUUUCUAAACAUGUUGCAGUACAAGAGUUGCCUUUGGAUAAAACUGAAGAGAGCAACAGACAAAAUGCAAAUGACAUCUUUAUUUCUCAGUACUCCGUGGGACAGAGAGAUGCUCUAAGAACAGUUUUAAAGCAAAAAGCUCAAUGCAUGCCUGUUUUUAAGGAAGUAAAGGUACAUCUUUUAGAAGAUGCAGGCACGGAAAAGGACGCUGUUGCUCAGGAGACCAGAACUUCACCUAGUGCAAUUGAUUCAGCUACGACUGUGGCUGCAGCAACUGCUGCUGCCAUUGCGACAGCAGCUCCACUGAUAAAAGUGCAGAGUGAUUUGGAAGCAAAAUUUAAUUCUGUAACAGAAUUACUUAAUAAGUUACAGGAGACUGAUAAACACUUACAACGUGUUACAGAGCAGCAAACAAGCAUUCAGAAUAAACAGGAAAAAUUACAUUGUCUUGAUCAUGAAAAGCAAAUGAACGUGUUUAUGGAGCAGCACAUCAGGCAUCUUGAAAAAUUACAACAACAACAAAUAGAUAUUCAGACUCAUUUUAUUACUACUGCACUCAAGACCAGUAGUUUUCAGCCUCUUAGUAUGCCCCCUUCCAGAGCAGUGGAAAAGUAUUCUGUAAAACCAGCACAUCCUGAUCUUGGUAGCAAUAAUCUACCUUCACAUAACAUAUUUGCUUCCAAACAAGCACCUUUAAGAGAGGUUGAAGGUAUGGGUUUUGAUAAACAGAAAUCGCCUUUGGAGACACCAGCACCUCGCAGAUUUGCUCCUGUACCUGUUUCAAGGGAUGAUGAAAUAUCAAAGAGGGAAAAUCCUAUGGAAGAAAAAGAAAAUAUAGAAAUAUCAGGCCAUAGAGGAAAUGUAAGGCUAUUGGCACAAAUUUUAAAUAACAAUGAUUCUGUGACAAGAAAAAGUGAAUCAUCAGACCAAACCUCACUAACUAAAUCAAAAAUAGGAUGGAAUCCUGAGAAAGGAGACAGCAUUGAAACUCUAUCUUGUCAAAGAUUUCCCUCCUAUGAAGAACUAGGAACAGCUAAAGUGACUGUGCAGAAGCCUGAUGAUGUUCUUCAUGAUCUUGGUCAAAAGAAAAAAGAAAGAAAUGGCAUGCUCCAGCCAAAAGAAUCUCUUAUUACAUUGAGGCUUGCUGAUCUUCCACAGAAUUCUGUUAAGCUUCAAACAACCAAUACGAGAUCCAUAUUGAAAGAUGCUGAGAAGAUUUUGAGAGGAGUACAAAACAAUAAAAAACUACUUGAAGAAAACCUGGAAGCUAUUAUUCGUGCAAAGGAUGGAGCUACCAUGUAUUCAUUCAUCAGUGCUCUAUCUACCAACAGAGAGAUCUCAGAGAAGAUUAGGAUCAGAAAGACAGUGGAUGAGUGGAUUAAAACUAUUUCUGCAGAAAUUCAGGAUGAACUGGCAAGAAAUGAUUAUGAACAAAAAAGAUUUGAUCAGAAGAAUCAAAGGACCAGAAAAGCUCAAUGUACAAGUAAAGAUAUUAAAAUGAACACACAAGAAAAAACUAUAAACAAAUCUGUAAUUUCAAGAAAAAACUCUCAAAAACAAAUAGAAGAACAUUGUAGAAAUCCACCUAUGAAGAGCAUGCCUGCUUCAAAUUUACAGAAAGAGAGAAAGAAAGGGCUUUCUAAAACAACCACAGUGAUACAAGACGAGGAUUAUAUGUUACAGAUUUAUGGAAAACCAGUUUAUCAGGGGCAUCGCAGCACUCUUAAAAAAGAACCAUAUCUCAGAUUUAAUUCUCCAUCUCCUAAGUCCAAACCACAGAGACCAAAAGUAAUAGAACGAGUUAAAGGCACUAAAGUCAAGUCAACAAGAACACAAACUGACUUUUAUGCAACAAAACCUAUGAAGAUGAAUUCUAAAAUGCAACAGUCUAUUGCUACACUACCUCAUGGUGAGCAGCAAUAUUUGUUCAGCCCAAGCAGAGAAAUGCCUACUCUUUCAGGUACACUGGAAGGUCAUCUAAUUCCUAUGGCAAUUCUUUUAGGACAGACCCAAAGUGAUAGUGAUUCUAUGCCACCUGCUGGAGUAAUCGUCAACAAGCCACAUUCUGUAACCGUGACUACUUCUAUUCCUCCAUCAUCUCGAAAAAUAGAAACUGGAGUAAAGAAACCUAACGUAGCAGUUGUAGAAAUGAAGUCAGAAAAAAAAGAUCCUCCUCAGCUUACUGUUCAGGUAUUACCCAAUGUAGAUAUUGACAGCAUUUCAAAUGGUAGCACUGAUGUUGGUCCAUCUCUGCCUAGUCCACUGCCGGUCCCGACUCCAGAAUUUAUGGAGGUAGAUGAAGAAGAGGUGAAGUUUCCAGGAAAUAACUUCGAUGAAGUAAUCGAUGUCAUACAGGAAGAGGAAAAAAGGGAUGAGAUUCCAGAAUACUCUGAACCAAUUCUGGAGUUUAACAGAAGUGUUAAAGUUGUUUCUACAAAAUAUAAUGGUCCUGCAUUUCCACCAGUUGCUUCUACUUUACAGCCCACUGCUGAUAUUCUGGAGAAAGUAAUUGAGAGAAAAGAAACAUUGGAAAAUAGCUUAAUUCAGUGGGUAGAACAAGAAAUAAUGUCAAGAAUUAUUUCUGGGCUCCUUCCAAUUCAGCAACAUUCUGUACCUGAUGUCAGUGUUUCACUCAGUGAGGCAAGUGAGCCCUUAACUUCUGACAUUGUGGAAGGAACAAGCGGUGGUGCCCUCCAGCUUUUUGUUGAUGCUGGGGUUCCUGUGAAUUCAGACUUGAUUAGCCAUUUUGUGAAUGAAGCUCUUGCUGAGACCAUUGCUGUCAUGCUGGGUGACAGAGAAGCAAAGAAGUCAGAUCCUGUUGCUACCAUUGUUUCUGUGGAUGUUUCAACAAAUGAAACACACUUGCCGGCAAGAGUGUGUACCCCCAUGGCUACCCCACAGCCUACUCCUCCUUGCUCACCUUCAUCACCUCCUAAGGAAUGUGUGUUGGUAAAAACUCCAGAUUCUUCUCCCUGUGAUUCAUAUCACGAUGUGGCUUUUCCUGUGAAAGAAAUAGUUGCUGAAAAAGGAAAUGAUAUGCCUCCCAUCGUGCUUGUUAAUACUCCAACAGUCACCCCUGUUACUACCCCUCCUCCGGCAGCAGCUCUUACCCCAACUUUGUCAGAGAUUUCCAUUAAUAAAUUGAAGAUAUCCAGCCCAGAGCUUCCCAAGCCAUGGGGUGAUGGAGACCUGCCGCUGGAAGAAGAGAAUCCUAACUCUCUUCAAGAAGAACGUCUUCAUCCAAGAGCUAUUGUAAUGUCUGUGGCUAAGGAUGAAGAACCUGAAAGUGUGGUUUUCCCAGCUCAGCCUGCACCUCCAGAGCUGAUUCCUGUUAUGCCAUUUCCUGCCAGCACUAAGACCCCUUCCCCCUUACAUAUGCCAAGUUCUAACUCAUCAACACUGGAGAGCACCUUGAGUGGUACUGUCACUGAAGCUGAAACUUUAGAUAAACCCAUAUCUGAAGGAGAGAUUUUAUUUAGCUGUGGUCAAAAAUUGGUUCCCAAAAUUUUAGGAGAUGGAGGACUGUAUCUGACAAACCUAAAUGAUAGCUCAUCCAGCACUCUGCAUGAUGCCUUUGAAAUGGAAGAUGAUCCUCCCAGUGAAGGACAAGUGAUUAGGAUGCCCCAUAAAAAAAUUCAUAUAGAUGCAAUUCUUUCUCUUCUUGCUAAACAAAACCAGGGAUCAUUAGCUUCACAGCAAGCAGUAUAUCAUUCAGAGGACUUGGAGAACAGUGCUGGUGAACUUAAUGAAGGACAAAGGCCCAGGCUGAUGGCCACAACAGACAACAUCUUAAGGGGCCAUUCUCUCUAUAUGCAGCAGCCUGUGGCUAAUGCAGAGUGUUUGGGUCAACAGUGUAAUUCUAAGCCAUUAGUUUCAGGUGGUAUUUAUGAAGGUUCAUGUGCUGGUCGUGGUCCAAUGAGUUUGGGAGAAUCGGAGCCAAAUUCUAACUUUGUUCUUCCCACAACACUUCUGACAGCACAAGAAAAUGAUGUUAAUUUACCAGUAGCAGCUGAAGAUUUUUCUCAGUACCAACAAAAGCAAGACCAAGAAGUUAAGCAAGUUGAACAGAAGCCAGCACAAAGUCAUCUAAUAUAUGUAAGAAGUAAAUCUGAUAUUUCACUUUCACAACAAG